UUUUGCACACACACACACUCUCUCCGUCUCACAUACACACACAUUUCCAUCAGCAUCUUUUGGACGGAACCACGCCACAGCUGUAGUCAUUCAGGAUGCACAAAGCAGAGGCUGGGCCGGGAAGCCCAACGACGGGGGCCGCAGGUACAUGAUGGUACAUGACGGUACAGGAGUACUCGCCUCGCUGGUGGGAGAUGCACCACAAUUUCAUCCUCCAUCCAAACCCAAAGCAGCAGGAAUAUUCUUAUUCAGGGACGGUGGUGUUGGAUGGCAGACAUGAGGAUAUCGUAAAUGAAACGGAUUGUUAAAAACCUCCCGACCCUCAGGCCGUCCUCGUAACUGCAGGGCAGCUUCUGACCUAAUUUCCCAGCCGCUGUCCUCCGGCCGUACUUCCUGGCAGUGAAGGAUGGGUGAUGGGCCAGUGACGGACCCUGCCUGCCCGCCUCAUCGCACCCUCCAAUGGAGCCAGCGUGGAACUCCUCCCACCCGCUUCUGCCGCUCCCGCCCAACACGUCUACCUCGGCCAUGGCUGAGGGAUGGCCUCCAUCCCAGUGGCUAGCCCUGGCGGCCAUGCUGCUCAUGGAUCUGCUGGCUGUGGUGGGCAACGUGGCCAUCAUGGCGGUCAUCGCCAAGGUGCCGCAGCUUCACAAGUUUGCCUUCGUCUUCCACCUGUGCUUGGUGGAUCUGCUGGCGGCCCUGGUGCUGAUGCCCCUGGGCAUGCUCUCCAGCAGAGCCUUCUUAGGAGAGGCGCUGUGCCGGAGUUACCUUUUCCUCAGCGUGUGCCUGGUCAGUGCCGCCAUCCUCUCCAUCUCGGUCAUCAAUGUGGAGCGCUAUUAUUACAUCAUACACCCCAUGCGCUACGAGGUGAAGAUGACCGUGGGCUUGGUCGCAUCUGUGCUGGUGGGGAUAUGGGUCAAAGCUUUGGCGAUGUCCGCUUUGCCGCUUCUGGCUUGGCUCCUGCAAGGAGCAAGAGCUCCCCUUCUGGGGGGUAACGGAGGAAACGGGGCGGUCCCAUCUCCUGCUCCUGCUCAGGGUCACAGGCGCUGCUCGUUGCACUGGACAGGGGGCGGCUCGAACCGUUUGGCGUUCAUGGUCCUCUUCACGCUGCUGUACUUCCUGUGUCCUCUUCUGGUCAUUUUUGUUGUGUACUGCAACAUGUUCAAAGUGGCCCGCGUAGCCGCCAUGCACCACGGGCCUCUACCCACUUGGACGGACACGCCUCGCCGCCAGAGAUCAGAGUCACUCAGCAGUCGGUCCACGAUGGUUACCAGCUCCGGGACGGGGACCGGAAGGGAGACCCCGCAGCGGCCCUUUGGGGGAGGGAAGGCGGCGGCGGUGUUGGCAGCUGUAGGUGGCCAGUUCCUCUGCUGCUGGCUGCCCUACUUCUCUUUCCACUUGUACUCCGCUCUGGCCGCCAGCCCUCCUGCCGCCCUGGCCUCUCUGGAGGAGGCGGUCACCUGGAUCGGAUACUUCUGCUUCACCUCCAACCCCUUCUUCUAUGGCUGUCUCAACAGACAGAUCCGGGAGGAGCUGGGCAAACACCUGCCAUGCCUGUUCCGUGGAGCCGGGGUGGAGGUGGAGGACAGGCUGCCCAGCCGCGAAGGCUCCAUAGAGGAGAAUUUCCUCCAGUUUCUUCAGGGCACCGGCUGCAACUUGGAACCUCAGAACUCGCACAGCACCUCCAGUCCAAAAGGGGAAGCCUGCCGGCUCGUCACUCAGUCCCAGGCGCCUGAGGCGGCGCAGCCGCUACCUGUUGAUUUCCGCAUACCGGGACAAAUCGCAGAGGAGACCUACGACUUCAUAGAGACGGAUCCCCCAAAAAACAACCACAUACGUACUGACGCUUAAGUCUUUUUUU